AUGAAGCUCCUCCAUUGCAUACGCCCCACAGCGUCCGAACUCAUUUACCUGUGCCGAGCGGGCUCUGUGACCGACGCCGUCGCCCUCCACAACCUUAUAAUAAACUCGACCCAAGAUGUCACCUCCAAGCCUGUUGCGUACGCCAUGGCCGUGCACGCGUGCACCAAGUCCUUCUGCUUUGCUGUCGGCAUCCAACUCCACUGCUGCAUCAUCAAGUCCGGCCUCUCCACUGACCGCUUUCUGGGGAACAGCCUCCUGGCCCUCUACUUAAAGCUGGGCCCACACAAUCUCAAAGAGGCCCGCACUCUUUUUGAUGGGCUGGCCCACAGGGACGUCGUUUCCUGGAGCUCCAUGGUUUCGGGCUACAUCCGCGCUGGCCGGCCCUGGGAUGCUAUCCGUCUGUACCUCGACAUGUUGCGCUCCGGUGUGGGCCCCAACGCCUUCACCCUCUCUGCUGUUGUCAAGGCGUGCUCGGAGGUCGGGUGUCUCGAGCUCGGGAGAACCCUGCAUGGAGUCGUGAUCAGGUGGGGGCUCGUGCGUAAUGAGGUGGUCGUGGCAGCCCUGAUUGACAUGUACGGGAGGAGCCGCGUUCCGGUUGGGUGCCUCCGGCUGUUUUACGAGAUGGCCGAUCCGGAUGCUGUUUGUUGCACCUCACUCAUCUCAGCCCUCACAAAGUGCGACUUGUACCACGAGGCUCUCGGGAUGUUUUAUCGAAUGAUCCGGAAAUAUGGGUUCGGCCCAGAUUGCUUCACCUUUGGGAGUGCCUUGACGGCCUUGGGGAACCUCGAGAGGUCUAGGCAGGGGAAACAGGUGCACGCUUGGGCGGUCACGGGCGGCUUCCAGGGAAAUGUGUUUGUAGGCAGCAGCCUGGUCGACAUGUACGCCAAGUGUGGGAUGGUGGAGGAGUCGAGGAGCGUUUUUGACAGGAUGGAGAAGAAAAACUCGGUCUCAUGGUGUGCCUUGCUUGGGGGCUACUGCAGGGAGGGAAAAUUCGGGAUGGUUGUCGAUUUAUUCAGACAAGAUGUGGAGAAGGAUAGCUACAGCUUUGGAACCGUCCUGCGCGCAUGUGCUGGCCUGUCUGCCGAUAAGCCCGGGACAGAGGUGCACUGCCAGUACCUAAGAAGGAGUGGAUGGCGGGACGUGGUGGUUGAGUCGGCACUGGUUGAUUUGUAUGCCAAAUGCGGGCGUGUUAAUUUUGCCCACAGGGUUUUCGAGAGGAUGGCGGUGAAAAAUCUAAUUACUUGGAACUCAAUGAUUGGUGGGCUUGCCCAGAAUGGGAUGGGCAGGGAAGCUGUUGUGAUGUUCGACAAGAUGGUUCUUGAAGGGGUCCGACCGGACUACAUAAGUUUUGUCGAGGUUUUAUCUGCCUGCAGCCAUAGUGGUCUUGUGAGGCAAGGGAGGGAGUACUUUGUGUCGAUGUAUGAGGAUUAUGGGGUGAAAGCUGGGAUCGAGCACUAUAGUUGCAUGGUGGAUCUGUUGGGUCGGGCGGGUGAGAUAGAAGAGACCGAGGGUUUGAUUAUGAAGGGAGAGUUUGAAAGCGAGCCUUCUUUGUGGGCCAACCUUCUCGGUUCCUGUUGUGGGGCUGCUACAGAUCCUGCUGUGGCAGAACGUGUUGCAAAGAAGAUGGUGAGAUUGAGACCCGAUUACCACUUGAGCUAUGUGCUCUUGGCCAAUGUGUAUAGGGCUGCCGGGCGGUGGAAGGAUUCAGAAAAUAUGUGGAGCCUUAUGCACAAGAGAGAUAUCAGAAAGUUACCAGGGAAGAGCUGGGUGGAUAGAAGCAGCUCUAGUUUACUAACCGGAUUCUGA